AUGCCUGAAAGCACCCAUCCGCUUCCAAAGAAAGUCCGAGGCCCUCCUGUUCCCUGGGACCUGCGUUUGUCCCACCUGCCCCUCCAGAGUCCUGCCUGGCCUGAGCAGGCUGCCUGGCCAGCUCUGCUGCUGGGGGUGCCCCCCAAGGCCCUUGGAGGCAGUGCCCGCCCCCCUCCCAGGCCUCUGAGGGAUCCUAGGGAAACGCCCCUAGAGUCAGGCCACCGUAAACCCUGGGGAGAAGCAGAGACCCCCCCCGAGGGCACCCCAGCCCCCCUUACUGUGACUCCCCACACUCAGCAAUGA